UUUACGUUCCUGGCUCCCAUCUCGGCCGAAUGUCCUGCAUCUUCUGCUAGCACGUAGGAAAUUCUUCUGUCGUUCCGUGGGAUUCCGUUGGCUGGGAUGGACGAUAAGCUCAUUAAAAAGACGGUGGUGCACCCAGGGAAAGGAGAUGCUGGUUAUCUGGAUGGGACGAAGGUCACUUUUCACCUGAAAACCGAAACAUGUGAAGAGACCCCAGUGGUCAUUGAUAACAGCCAUGACUGGAAAAAUCCUGUGGAACUUAUUCUGGGCAAGAAGUUUAAGCUUGAAGUCUGGGAAGCUUGCAUUCGCACCAUGUUGCCCGGGGAAGUUGCUGCUUUUACCGUAGAUAAGUCGUUAUUAACUUCCUAUCCCCUGGUGUCCAAAACUCUCCGUGAUGCUUAUAGCAAAGACACACCACAGAAGAAAGAGAAGAAGCCCCACCACUGCUGUGGCAUGGGCUUCAAAGAAGGCCUAGGAUUUGCGGACUUAGAUGACUUAGUGAAGACACCAAGGAAUCUCACUUUCACUAUUGAUCUCUUCAAGGUGGAAUCUCCCAAUUCAUAUCAGAAAGAGUUUUGGGCCAUGAAUGACAGUGAGCGAAUAAGCAGUAUCCCGUCCCUGAGAGAGGAGGGCAACACACGUUACAAGGAGGGUAACUACAAAGAAGCAAGUACGAAAUAUUCUGAAGCCCUCGGCAGAUUAGAGCAGCUCAUGUUAAGAGAAAAACCAAAUGAUGAGGAGUGGAACAAGCUGAAUGAAAUGAAAAUGCCACUACUCUUAAACUAUGCGCAGUGCCAGUUGCUACAGGGAGAAUAUUAUACUGUCAUUGAACACUGUACUACUGUGCUGGACAAGGACCCUGGUAAGUAG